AUGGACUGGGAGGACGUGAAUUCUACAGGGGUCCGCCCGCUCACGCCGGACAUCAUGAACGACCCUGCCUUCGAAACAAACCACGGCCACAAGUCCGGAGGAAUCGAUGAGAUGGAUACUUGCCGGAUAUGUCGUGGUGAGGGGACAGAGGAGGAACAGCUAUUCUACCCUUGCAAGUGCAGCGGAAGCAUAAAGUUCGUCCAUCAAAACUGUCUCAUGGAAUGGCUCUCCCAUUCGCAGAAGAAGCACUGCGAACUGUGCAAGACGCCCUUCCGAUUUACGAAACUUUACGACCCCAAUAUGCCCCAGGAGCUGCCCGUGCCGGUUUUCUUAAAGGAGUUGUUUAUCCAUGGCUGCCGAGCACUCGUGACAUGGUUACGGUUUGGCCUGGUUGCUUUCGUCUGGCUUGGGUUGCUUCCUUGGUCGAUGAGGACGAUAUGGCGGGGUCUCUUUUGGCUUGCAGAUGGGCGCUGGCCUGCUCCGGACGUGGUGCAGAGAUCUACUUCGACAGUAGCAAAUAAAAGUGUCGCCUGGCUUGCUGCACACGGAACGUCGCCUGCAACAUCGUCCCUUGCCUCAAGUAUACCCAGCAUGUCACCAGCCACAGCAACUGUGGUGGAUAGCAACCCGCAAUCGCAGAAUGCUCCAUCAAUGCUCAACUUUACCACCGGUGAGCCGUUGAUAUACUCCAUCGCCAAGACCCUACUCUCAAACGCCUUUUUCACGCCCACAUCUACUGGUGCAAAUCAAUCAACCACUGCACCAGUCAGGCGCAUACGGCAGCCAUCAUGGCUUUCAGAUAUGUCCUUCUUAAACAAUGCCACAUCCUCCCCGACGUUAAAUAAUAUUAUUAUUGAUACCCUGGAAGGCCAACUUAUUACGCUACUCGUCGUCAUUUCUUUCAUCCUCGUAUUUUUAAUCAGGGAGUGGGUUGUUCAACAGCAACCUGCAAUCAACAUUCCCGAGGGCGAAGGGGAGGCUCUGGGACAACUCCUUAAUCGCGCAAUUGAGCAAAACGCAGCAGAGGCGCGAGAGGAGGAAGCGGAAGAGGAGGUCCCCCACGCUGAGAUGGAGGUCCAUGACCCAGAACCAGAGGAGUCGGACCAUGAACCGGACAAUGUUAUUGAUGACUCACCUGGAAUAAGGCAUUUCUUAAAUGAGAACGCCCUCCCUGACUCUCAAACAUAUAACCCCUUUGCUCCUAACUAUGCUGGAGCGUAUCCCGAAAACUCUUCCUUUCCCACUACCCUUCGCGAUCGAGACUCCCAAAUAUUUCAUGGAAACUUUCACAACUACAAUCGACCCUUCCAGAUUCCAGCAGAUGCCUCAAAUCGCCCUAGCAUGUGGGAUGAUUCCGCGGAAGCAAAUUUCGGCAACCAUACUAUCGGUGGCCGUCAUCCAUUGACACCGUUUGGCGCGAAUCAAGAUAGAGAAGAUGAAGAUGAGAAGCUUAAUAGACCUUCUUCUUCUGCUCAAGGGCCAGCGGUCAGGCAAGAGACUAUGCCGCCGUUCAAUCCGUUCAGUGGACAAGGCGUUAUUCAAUGGAGGUUCCCUGACUUGGACGACGAGCGUGUCUCUCCUGUUCAGGGGUCGACCCAUCCACUAUCUCAGCCAACUUCCGCUACCGCACCAGCCUUCAACUCGGAUUUUAAUUCUACUCUACCUGCAAACCAGGGUUUAGAUGUAGCAGCUUCCACCCAAUCGCCCAUCCCAGACCCUCACGUUUUAGGCUCACGGUUAGUCGGUGAUGUUGAUGAUGAUGACGAUGACGACGACGACGACGACGACGAUGAUGAUGACGACACACCCCCAGGCACCGCAGCUGGUACUCAAAAUGCUAGAGAUACAUUAAGGGAUGACCCAGACACUGAACCUGAGAGAGUUGCAGAUGCGGAAGCUGAAUUAGCCUCCCCUAACUCUAUGACUGCUCCUGCUCCCACACGCGCUACCGAGCAAGCGGCCGAAUUAUUAUAUACGGAGCUAGUUCCCCCUAAUAAUAUUUUCGACAGGAUCUUCAACUGUUUCUGGGGCGCUGUCCCAAUAGUAUUACCUCCGGACGAUGAGGAGGAAGAAGGUGCUGACCGUCAACCUGCUCUUCUACGGCAGCACCAGCGGCACAGGCACGGUGGUGGUGAUGCGAACGAAGCACAAAAUCGCGCUCGGCAAGCGGCUGCCGCCAACGACCCCGCAGAUGGUAACGAUGUUGAAGCCGUCGAAGAUGCAGACGACCUGGAGGGCGUCAUGGAGCUUAUUGGAAUGCAUGGCCCCCUUUUCGGCCUAUUACAAAAUGCUGUCUUCAGCGCACUUUUGAUCUCGUUUACCGUCUCCGUUGGCAUCUGGCUUCCAUAUCUAUGGGGUAAAAUUGCUUUAGUGAUGCUAGUGAAUCCCGUCGGGUUAUUCAUUAGAGUCCCUAUCACCGCUGUUUCAAUGCUUGCCGAUAUCACCGUCGAUCUGAUCCUUGGAUGUUUCGCAUACGUCGUCUACCUGAUGAACGUGUUGGUUCGGGCAAUCCUAGCGCAGUUGGGGCUCUUCCUACCAAGUCUCGGGAAGCUUUCCGCCGCUAACUCUAUUACCUUUGCUUCUCUAUCUUUGAUGGAAGGUAGCAGCCAGAGAUUAACUGGUCUCAUUACGACUAUGUUCACGUUCCAUGAAUCCGACCUCCCAAUGUUUUCUGCCGUAUCCCACGAGGCAUUAAAACUACAUCAAGCCAGGCUUGCUUCACUGAGUAGCGUGCUAUUUAGUGGUGGAAAGUCUCUACUUUACGAUAUACCCCUGGGCGUAAUACGGUCGGAAGAUCCUAUUUCGGUAGUGAAACACUUUCUCAUUGCUGAUCUGCCAAAGGCCCCUGCCAUGGCAUUAGCUGCACUGAAGGGCCUAGGAGGUGUUGCCACCUUCUUUAACGGGUUGAGUGAUUGGUCAAGCUCCGAUACCUUGAUCCAAAAUUCAACCAUAUCAUCCAACUAUGAGUUGAGCCGCUGGAGCUCCAAAGAUCGGCUAAUUGCCAUAAUUCUGGGCUACUGUUUUGCUUCUCUCCUUGGCGUUGCCUAUCUCCGCAUUUCUGGUAUCAUAUCCGGCCCCCGUCGUGAUGGACAGAGAGGAGACGGUCCUGUUGCCGAAAUUCUUCGCCAGGCAGGCGGUGUCAUGAAGGUUAUUGUCAUAAUUGGGAUCGAAAUGAUCGUCUUCCCAUUAUAUUGCGGCAUUCUCUUGGACAUCGCGCUCCUACCGCUCUUUGGAAACGGCCUAUUUGCAUCUAGAGCAGCGUUCACCUUGGAGUCUCCAUUAACCUCGCUGUUCGUCCAUUGGUUCAUUGGAACCUGCUAUAUGUUUCACUUCGCGCUCUUCGUUUCAAUGUGUCGAAAGAUUAUGCGCAGUGGUGUUCUUUACUUCAUCCGAGAUCCUGAUGAUCCCACGUUCCACCCAGUGCGUGAUGUCCUCGAACGCAAUAUCACCACCCAGCUCCGGAAAAUUGCAUUUAGCGCCCUUGUAUAUGGAGCGUUGGUAAUUGUUUGCCUUGGUGGAGUCGUUUGGGGUCUAUCAAUUACGUUCAACGGCGUCCUGCCGGUUUACUGGUCCUCGAAUGAGCCGGUUUUAGAGUUCCCAGUGGACCUUCUCUUCUACAACUUCGUGAUGCCAGUCGCUAUUCGAGCGAUCAAGCCUUCGGAUGGGCUACAUAAAAUAUACGACUGGUGGUUCCAUCGAUGUGCUCGAAUGCUUAGACUUACGCAUUUUCUCUUUGGAGACCGGAUGCCAGAUGAGGAAGGGUACACUGUAUAUCCUUCGUGGCGUGAUGCUAUCGUUGGGACGUUUACUGGGACGAAAGCUACCCCUCGGCGAUUCCUUCGCGAUGGAAGAUUCGUCCGAGCUCCAGCAUCCGACCAAGUACGGAUACCUAAAGGCGAGCAAGUUUUCGUUGAAGUGGAUGAAAAUAACGACCGCAUAGACGGAAAACCAGACUAUGAUGAUGGUCGCCACGGAAAGAAGAACGAACUGUACUCACCUGUUUACGUUCCGCCAAAUUUCCGGGCUAGAAUUUUUGCCUUCCUUCUACUACUUUGGCUUUUUGCCGCAGCAACCGGCGUUGGGAUUACAAUAAUACCCCUCAUUAUUGGGCGCCGAAUGUUGUCCUUCAUGUUCCCACCGCACAUCCGUGUUAAUGAUAUCUACGCACUGUCGGCUGGUGUUUACGCGGUUGGGACCGUGUAUUAUGGAUAUCUACACUUCCAUAAAAUUGUAAACGCCGUACGCGAUGGCUCCGAGCCAUACAUGAGGUCUCCCAAACAUCUGCUUUACAAGACUUUCGACCUAGCUAUUAGAGCACUCCGCAUGGCAUACAUUGCUGCAGCAUUAGGGCUAUUCCUCCCGUCGGUUUUCGCCUUGGUUACCGAAUUCUAUGUUUUGAUUCCAUUACACACCUAUCUAAGCCCAUCGGAAACACACAUCAUUUACUUCGUGCAAGACUGGACUCUCGGGAUCCUAUACCUUCGUGUAACCAUUCGAUUCCUUCUCAGCAAGCCCCUAUCCGUGCCCGCCAUGGCACUCCGUGGGACAGUGCGGAACGGCUGGACCAACCCCGAUAUCUGGCUAGCAACGAGAGUAUUUUUAAUACCUAUCACUCUUCUAGCUCUCGUUGUGACGCUAUGCCCGCUCCCGAUUGGCUUUAUACUAAAUGCAACUCUCUUCUCCGACUCUUCAGCUACAGCCCAGUCUCAUGUCUACCGGUAUUCGUACCCCUUAUUCCUGGUGUUAAUGGCUCUUGCUUGGGGAGUGCGCAUGUUCCAGCGUCAAAUUGGCGUUUGGCGUAUUAGCAUUAGAGACGAUGUGUAUAUGAUUGGAGAGCGGCUUCAUAAUUUGGGCGAGAAGCGCGCAAGGAAUGUUGGCCCAGCGAGGACGAUGAUUACUUCAUAA